AUGAGCUCGUUCUUAUUCUAUUAUUUUCUUCUUCCUCUUGCUUUCCUCUUCACUCUCAAGUUCUUCCUCCAAAACAAAAAGUUCAAAAAAGUACCCCCUGGUCCACCUUCUCUUCCCAUUAUCGGCAACCUCCACCAACUCAGAAAACCACUGCAUCAAGCCUUUCACCGGAUUUCUCAACGAUAUGGCCAAAUCAUCUCUCUUUGGUUUGGCUCUCGUCUUGUCGUCGUUGUCUCCUCGCCGUCCGCAGUCCAAGAAUGCUUCACCAAAAACGACAUCGUCCUGGCAAAUCGGCCCCGCUUUCUCGUAGGUGAGUAUAUCUCUUACAACUGCACCACCGUAGUAUUCGCUCCCUAUGGUGACCACUGGCGCAACCUCCGCCGUAUCACGGCGAUUGAGGUGCUCUCGACCCACCGUCUCAACAAAUUCUCGGAAAUGCGAAGAGACGAGAUGAAGCGCUUGGUGCAAAAGCUUGCUCAGGACUCACAUAAGGAGUUCGCCAAAGUGGAGAUGAAAUCAAGGUUUUCAGAGAUGACCUUCAACACUAUAAUGAGAAUGAUUUCAGGUAAAAGGUACUGGGGAGACGACUGUGAGGUAGAGGAUGUGGAAAAGGCAAGAAAAUUUCGACAAAUGAUAAAGGACUUGGUGCCACUAGGAGGGGCAAAUAACCCUGCUGAUUUCUUGCCCAUAUUGAGGUGGUUUGAUUUUGCUCACUUGGAGAGCAGGCUCAAGAGUUUCGCCAAGAGAAUCGAUGGGUUCUUGCAAGGACUCAUUGAUGAGCAUCGAAAUGCAAAUCAGAGAGCAAAUACUAUGAUCGAUCAUCUCUUGAGCCUCCAAGAAUCGCAGCCUGAGUACUACACGGAUCAAAUUAUUAAGGGCCUCAUUUUGGUUAUGCUUCUUGCUGGAACGGAUACAUCAGCUGUGACUUUAGAGUGGGCAAUGUCUAGUUUAUUGAACAAUCCUCAUGUGUUAGAAAAAGCAAAGAAAGAAAUAGACACAUAUAUAGGGCAAGAACGAUUAAUAGAUGAGCCGGACAUCUCGAAACUACCAUACCUGCAAAGGAUUGUCUCUGAAACACUUCGACUGCAUCCAGCUGCACCAUUGUUGGUUCCACAUGAGGCUUCAGAUGAUUGCACUAUUGCAGGAUAUAAUGUUCCACGAGGCACUAUGGUAUUAAUCAAUGCCUGGGCAAUUCAUAGAGAUCCCCAAGUGUGGAGUGAUCCUACAUGUUUUAAGCCAGAGAGGUUUGAGAAAGAAGGAGAAGCAAACAAGCUGAUUCCAUUUGGGUUAGGAAGACGAGCAUGUCCUGGCUCAGGAUUGGCUCAACGAACUGUAGGAUUAACUUUGGGAUUGUUAAUUCAAUGCUUUGAUUGGAAACGAGCAAGUAAGGAAAAAAUUGAUAUGAGAGAAGGGGGAGGGAUCACCAUGCCAAAAAUUAUUCCUCUAGAAGCCAUGUGUAGAGCACGCCAUCCAAUCAUUGAUGGGCUUUUUUCUUAA